ACCUCACCUUUGCUCUUGGCAACCUGGCCCGCUGCUCGGCCGCUGGGAGCGCGGCGGAGGCCUGUGUUGGGCGCGAGCCCGGCAGGGCCGCAAGCUCCGCCCUGCUCUGCUCCGCUCCGCCCCUCCUGGGCUCGCGGGGAAGGCCUCCUUUGGGGAUAUGUCGUAGCCCACUCAGCGAAGGCAGGAGAACUUGAAAGGCUGCGGGGCUGCAAGAGAAAGAAAUGUCAUCAGUGGAAUCACACGAGGAACAAUUGUCCCAGUCAGAUCCAUCCCCGUCACCAAACUCAUGUAGUUCCUUUGAGCUAAUAGACAUGGAUGUUGGCAGUUUGUACGAACCCGUUUCUCCUCAUUGGUUUUAUUGUAAGAUAAUAGAUUCUAAGGAGACAUGGAUUCCUUUCAACUCUCAGGAUUCACAGCAGCUGGAAGAGGCAUACGGUUCUGGAAAAGACUGUGAUAGGAGAGUUGUGCCCACUGAUGGGGGCAGAUACGAUGUUCAUUUGGGGGAGAGGAUGCGGUACGCCGUAUACUGGGAUGAGCUAGCAUCGGAAGUGAGGCGCUGUACCUGGUUUUACAAGGGAGACAAAGAUAAUAAGUAUGUUCCAUACUCGGAGAGCUUCAGCCAAGUGUUAGAGGAAACUUACAUGCUUGCUGUAACUCUGGAUGAAUGGAAGAAGAAACUGGAGUCUCCCAACAGAGAAGUUAUUAUAUUGCACAAUCCAAAGCUUAUGGUACAUUACCAGCCAAUCGCGGGGUCUGAUGAAUGGGGUUCAACACCCACUGAGCAGGGCCGACCUCGAACAGUGAAGAGAGGGGUUGAGAACAUCUCUGUUGACAUUCAUUGUGGGGAACCUUUACAGAUAGAUCACUUGGUUUUUGUAGUCCACGGGAUCGGACCAGCCUGUGAUCUCCGCUUUCGAAGCAUUGUACAGUGUGUUAAUGAUUUUCGCAGUGUUUCUUUGAACCUGCUACAGACGCAUUUUAAGAAAGCCCAAGAAAAUCAGCAGAUUGGGAGGGUAGAAUUUCUCCCAGUCAACUGGCACAGUCCUUUGCAUUCCACUGGUGUGGAUGUAGAUCUGCAGCGAAUAACUCUGCCCAGCAUUAACCGCCUAAGGCACUUCACCAAUGAUACAAUUCUGGAUGUCUUCUUCUACAACAGCCCCACCUACUGUCAGACUAUUGUGGACACAGUUGCUUCUGAAAUGAACCGAUUAUAUGUACUUUUUCUGCAGAGGAACCCUGAUUUCAAAGGGGGCGUAUCCAUCGCUGGUCAUAGUUUAGGUUCACUUAUAUUGUUCGAUAUCCUAACAAAUCAGAAAGAUUCUUUGGGGGAUGUUGACAGUAAAAAGGAUUUGCCAAGUAUUUUCAUGGAUCAAGGAGACACACCGACACUGGAGGAAGAUUUGAAGAAACUUCAACUCUCUGAAUUCUUUAGUGUCUUUGAGAAGGAGAAAGUAGAUAAGGAAGCUCUGGCUUUAUGUACAGACAAAGAUCUUCAGGAAAUGGGAAUUCCCUUAGGACCAAGAAAGAAGAUACUAAACUACUUAAGGACCAGAAAAAAUUCAAUGGGUAUUAAUAGACCAACCCCGCAAUCACCUGCAGGGGCGAAUAUGUCUAACAUCCCCAAAGAAUCGGAGUUCUGCAGUAGUACUAAUGGUACUGGAAAUGGUGAACAUCUGGAUGUUGGCAUUGGGCAGGUGCCUGUAAAAUACCCCCGGCUCAUCUAUAAACCAGAAAUAUUCUUUGCCUUUGGAUCUCCCAUUGGAAUGUUCCUUACUGUCCGAGGCCUAAAAAGAAUUGACCCCAACUACAAAUUCCCAACAUGCAAAGGUUUCUUCAAUAUUUAUCACCCCUUUGAUCCUGUGGCCUAUAGGAUUGAACCAAUGGUGGUCCCAGGAGUAGAAUUUGAGCCAAUGCUGAUCCCGCAUCAUAAAGGCAGGAAGCGGAUGCACUUAGAACUGAGAGAGGGCUUGACCAGGAUGAGCAUGGACCUUAAGAACAACUUGCUAGGUUCGCUGCGGAUGGCCUGGAAGUCUUUUACCAGAGCUCCAUACCCUGCCUUACAAGCUUCAGAAACUGCAGAAGAAACUGAAGCAGAACCUGAAUCAAGUUCAGAGAAGCCUAGUGAUGUUAGCACAGAAGAGAACCUUGUAGCAGUUAAACAAGAAGCUCCCCCCAUCCAUGUGGGAAUGCUGAAUGGAGGCCAGCGCAUCGACUAUGUGCUACAGGAGAAGCCCAUUGAAAGUUUUAAUGAAUAUUUAUUUGCUUUACAAAGUCAUCUAUGCUACUGGGAGUCUGAAGAUACAGUACUGCUGGUCCUCAAAGAAAUCUACCAAACCCAGGGUAUCUUCCUUGAUCAGCCUUUACAGUAAAAAUGAACCACCUAUGGCUGCUUAAUGUAAGUUUUUAAAUGUCAUGUAUGCAGCAUAUUACAUGUGACGAGGAACUGUGGAGCCUCAGCUCUUCCUACAUAUUAACAUGUGAUGAGGAACUGUGGAGCCUCAGCUCUUUAUAAAUAUACUUUUUGUUGCCUGUCACCAAGAUGCAGGUUAUUACUCAUUUUUAGAGGGACCCUGCUUAAAAUUCAUGGGAAAAAAGCACAGUAGGCCACUUAGAGAAAGGUUAGUGUAUGUUUGUUUUGUUAGCGACUUGGUCCAAUAAUACUUGCCAUUUUUAGGAUCUAAACUCAGAAUCUUAAUAGUUGACCAUCUGAGAGUUACCAGGGCAACAGUUACAGCUUUAAGUACAAACAGCUCAUCCUGGGAUUUAUGUUGCUCAGCCCUUUAGAUGUGUAGUUAGGAAGUUUGUGUGGCAGACUCUGGCGUUCUCUCUGGUCGCCUUCCAGCGUGAUGACCUCUUCAACUCCCUCCCUUAGACGGGCACUGAGGGGUCCUUCCCCAGAACACCUGCCUCUUUGUUGCUGCAGUUUUUUCCUCUCCUCAGCGGCCUCAUUUCCUGCAGGUUGCCAGCCUUGCUCACCACUGGGGUCUUAGGAAGAUAAUCUUCCUCUCUGGAAGUGAGUGGAAAAGCAAAGGGAAGACCCUGUUACUUUUUACCACUGGCUUCAGAGAAACACUUGCCAUUCUUGCUUCAUAGCUGGGAGUGGUUUGCAUCUUUAAUACUUUGAUGAUGGUAUUUAGGUACCACACUUUUUUUUUUUAACAUCUUUAUUGGAGUCUAAUUGCUUUACAAUGGUGUGUUAGUUUCUGCUUUAUAACAAAGUGAAUCAGUUAUACAUAUACGUAUGUUCCCAUAUCUCCUCCCUCUUGCGUCUCCCUCCCACCCUCCCUAUCCCACCCCUCUAGGUGGUCACAAAGCACCCAGCUGAUCUCCCUGUGCUAUGUGGCUGCUUCCCACUAGCUAUCUGUUUUACAUUUGGUAGUGUAGGUAUGUCCAUGCCACUCUCUCACUUUGUCAGAGCUUACCCUUCCCCCUCCCCUUAUCCUCAAGUCCAUGCUCUAGUAGGUCUGUGUCUUUAUUCCCGUCUUACCCCUAGGUACUUCAUGACCUUUUUUUUUUCUUUUUCUUAGAUUCCAUAUAUAUGUGUUAGCAUACGGUAUUUGUUUUUCUCUUAGGUACCACACUUUAUUGUUUAUUACUUGAGAUGGUAUAAAGUCUGAGUUUUUGUUUUGGGUUGGGUAUAAAUUUUUCUAAGAAAUUAUUGCUUAUCUUUAGAAAAUAUUCUAAUCUGGAAGUGGACUCCUGAGAUUCAGAAGGCAUUUUGGGGUCUGCUCAUCGCUCAUGGGUGUUCUCUGCAUUUGAAGGCCAAGUCUAAGUGAAUGAGGGAGACUGGUGGCCAUCAGAUUCUCUUGAGCCAGCUUUUAUUUCCUACACGUACUGUAUGAAGAAAGACUAAAAUCUGUAAAUACUGUUUACUCUCUCUACAGCUGACUGACAGAUUUAUUGCUAGGAAUCACUGACGCUGUUCAUUGUUUCCACAGCUGUUUGAGCUGCUCUCAGAGGACAGUCUAAAGUGGACAGUUUAGUUCACAUCAGGUGCAUCUUUAUAAAGCAAAGAUGUUAUAUAUGCUAGACCUGCCCUUUUAUAUCAUAUCAUACUUCAAACUGGGAGACUCUAGACAAAGUCCGACUUAGUUGUUAGUUCUUGAGGGUUAUAAGAGCGGACAGACCUGAAAUUACACAGCUUUGACUGCUUAUUAAGUGAUGAAUAAAAUGUUUCAGUGGUGCAUUGAUGGUGAAAUAGAAUUUGUGUAAGCCAUCUGCCACAGCUGCUUGGGUGAAGGGAGUAUUGAAGAGUGUCCUCUUCAAGCACACAAACAGCGUUGCCUCCUUAGGUACCCGUAGUGCAGGUCGCUAUGGAACAGGCUCCCGGCACAGGCAGUGUUGGUAGAUCUGGCUAGGGGGAAGUGUUCCUUAUUCUGAAAGACAAACCUGCGUCUAUGGGGCCAGGAACAGCUGGUGCAGAGUCAGUGUCAGAGCGUGCAAGUGAGAUGCACCUUGAAGAAGACAAGUGAAUGGAGACUAAUAGUUUCCAAGGCAUCUUGCUCACCACUGUGCUGUAGGUAUUUUCUUUCUCACAGGUCUCAGUUUGUGAUUGUCUUUGCAGUUCUCUUUGUGACAGUCCUUCACACUCCUCUCAGGUUCCUACAGGCCCUGGUGGACAGAGCGGUGUAGACAGGCAAGCUGUGUUUCGCUUUUUAUAUCGGUUUCUUGUAAGUAAAUAUAUCAUGGUAUCCAAAGCCCUGGAAUUUAACAUUCGCAUAAGCCAUCUCUUUGACAGCAGAGGGAAGGUUAAUUACUGUCACCCUAGAGAUAAGUUUGGGGUAAAGGUGAGAGCCUGGCCUUACCUUGUCCAUCUGCUUACACACCAACGCUAAGCCACUAAGAAGUCUCAUCCAUAUGAAAUACUUUAUUUUCUUUACUACAUAAACUCUGAGUGUGAAGUAAGGGUUACUGAGAAUUCAGUAGCAUUCAGUACAUAUUAAAGGGGAAGCUUUCAUCAAGUUGUUGUCUUCAUAUUUAAAUUUGGUCUUCCUAUUAACAGAAUAACUAAAAUUUAAGAGUAAACCAAAGGACCAGCAAGAGUGAGUCCCUGUAACCAGAGAUGAACAGGAUCAACCUGGAUGGCUAGAUAAACCACUGUUUGUACUAAGAAGUGUUUCCUUCCUGGUGGUGAGGGGCAGGUGACUGGAAAAGAGCUUUAUAUCCUGUUUGUCCCCCUGUGCUGGUUUCACGGAUGUAUAUUCCACAGGGUAAUAAGCUUGACUUGAGUUCCUUGUUUAGUUGUAUAUUAUUUGCACUACUUCAGCAGCAUCAUGCGCAAUCUCUUGACCAAGGCUACUUUUAAAUGCUGGUGGAGGAUCAUUUUCUCCAUAUUCCCAGCUGCAGAAUUGCUAUUGCUAAUCUCAGCAAAAGCGAUGGUUUGCAUGGAAAGAUCGGUAGCACCGAUUAGCGUUCUGACAGUUUGCACUUUUUGAAAUGUUUUUUAUGUGAUUAUAUUUAAAACUUUAGUAAAUUCUGAAAUAAAACCAUAUUGACCAGUU